CCUGCGGCCCCGAGGUUUCACUUUCACUUCUCAGCCGGCUGGUCAGGAGAGCUGCUUCAUGCAGGCCCAGCGUCUGUUCCCUGUUCGCCUGUUCAGUCAGUAUAUGCUGACAACGCCUGCCCUGGCUUUUCUUCGCCACUAAAAUUAGGAGUCGAGACUUCUCCGCUGGGGCCUCAAGCCAUCCAGGAGUCUUUUAAACAAGAAGAGCCUCAGGACUAAGGACAGGAAGAAGACAGGGGAGACGUACUAUGGCUUUAAAAAUCUUGAACAUACAGAACGAGGUGUCCUGUCCCCUCUGCCUGGAGCUUUUGACAGAAUCCCUGAGUCUAGACUGUGGCCACAGCUUCUGUCAAGCCUGCAUCACUGCGAACACCAAGGAGGCGGAGAUCAGCCUGGAAGGGGGAAGCAGCUGUCCUGUAUGUGGUGUCGGAUACUAGCUUAGAAACUUAUGGCCUAAUAAGCAUCUGACUAACAUAGUGGAGAAAAUCAGAGAGGUCAAGUUGAACCCAAGGGAGCUGAAGAGAGAGCUCUGUGAGUGCCAUGGAGAGAAACUCCUGCUCUUCUGUAAGGAGGACAGGAAGAUCAUUUGUUGGCUCUGCGAACGAUCUCAGGAACACCGUGGUCACCACACAUUCCUCGUGGAGGAAGUCGUCAAGGAAUGUCAGGAGAAGCUCCAGGCUGCUCUGGAGAGGUUGAGGACGGAGCAGCAGAAAGCUGAGAAGCUGGAAGCUGACAUCAGAGAGGAGAGAAUUUCCUGGAAGUACCAGAUACUGGCAGAAAAACAAAGGAUACGAACAGGGUUUAAUUGGCUUAGAAGCAUCCUGGACAGUGAAGAGCAGAGAGAACUGCAAACAUUGGAAGAAGAGGAGAAGAGAAUACUGGAUAACUUGGCUGAGGCUGAGGCUGAUUUGGCUCAGCAGAACCAGUUGGUAAAAGAGCUUAUCUCAGAUCUGGAACUUCGCAGUGAAUGGCCAUCAGUGGACCUGGUGCAGGACAUGAGUGGAAUCAUGAAAUGGAGUGAGAUCUGGACAGUAAGGAAACCAAAAACUGUUUCAAAAAGACUGAAGAGUUCAUUCCGUGCUCCAGAUCUGAGGGCAAUGCUGCACAUGCAUAGAGAGUUAACACAUGUCCAGUGCUACUGGGUGGACAUCACGCUGAAUCCAAUCAACUUAAAUUUAAACCUUGUCCUUUCAGAAGAUCAGAGACAAGUAAUGUCUGUGCCAAUUUGGCCUGUUAAAUAUUAUAAUUAUGGUAUCGUGGGCUCCCAAUAUUUCUCCUCAGGGAAACACUACUGGGAAAUAGACGUGUCCAAGAAAACUGCUUGGAUCCUAGGGGUAUACUGUAGAACACGUUUCUGUAAUAUAAAGUUUGGUGUUAGACGAGGCACAAAUCAUCGAAACAUUUUCUCCAGAUACAAACCUCAGUUUGGCUACUGGGUUAUUGGGUUACAGAAUGAAUAUGGUUAUAAGGUUUUUGAGGAUUCUUCCACCUCUGAUCCCAAGGUCUUGACUCUUUGCAUGACUGUCCCUCCCCAUCGCAUUGGGGUUUUCCUAGACUAUGAAGCAGGCAUUGUCUCAUUUUUCAAUGUCACAAACCACGGAUCACUCAUCUACAAAUUUUCUAAAUGUUGCUUUUCUAGGACUGCUUAUCCAUAUUUCAAUCCUUUGAAUUGUCCAGGCCCCAUGACCCUGUGCCCACCGAGCUCCUGAACCUUCUUAGUCUAUGUAGCACCCUUUCUCCUGGGUUUAUCUACACCUGAGUUUAUCUGCACCCUUCUGAACACCUCUUCCUUCCUUACUCCUUCUUUUAUUCUAGAAUGUCUUUGUGCAGUGAUUGUCUGCAUGUGUUAAAAUAAACAUGCACUUUUUACCCUUUUCUCAUUUAAUUCAACUACCUUUAUAGUUUUGUUUUGUUGUAUUUUAGUAGCUGUUCUGUAGUUUAAGCCUAUGUCAGUACCUUGAUUUUUUUCCCCCGCACAGAUUAUUGAGGCUCUGUUCAUUAUUUUCAUAUUGGAUAAUUUGCAUUAAUCUACCUGUAAGUUCACUUAGUCUUUCUUUUGUGAUCCUGAAUUUCUCUUAAGCCAAUCCUAGAUUAUUUUUUGAGUGAUUAUAGCCUUUAGUUUUAGUAUUCCAAUUAACAAAACUAUUUUUAUUUGUCUUUUGACAUUUCCUAUUUGCUCAUUAUUAUAAGCAUGUUUUCUUUCAUAACCUUAACUUUAGAUUUCAUGGCUGCUGUGAAGUCCUUGUCUUUUUUUGUUGUAAAUCCUUGUAAAUAUGACAUCUGGAUUAUCUUGGAGUUGAUCUCCAUUGACUGCUUAUGCUCUUGAGUAUGGACCAUGUUUUCUAGUUUCUUUGUAUGUUAAACAAUUUUAAUAUGUAUCUAAAAUUCCCCCAGGGGAGUUGUAAAUGAAGUGUAAAGACUCAGGAUUCUGUUAAUUUUUCUGAAGAAUAUUUUUUUCUUCGGGCAGUUAACUUGGUUGAACUCAAAUUCGAAAUACUCCCCUGCAUUUUACAGCAGGUGAAAUCUCUGGUCAAUUCAUUUAUCUGUCUCAAACAUGUGCAGUUCUGAUUGUUGCUCAGUGUAUAUGUACAGUUUGGGAUUUCCUUCUCUGGAUCUCUCUUUUAUAGACAUUCUUUUACCAUUUUUCAGCUGCAGGGAUAGCCCCAAAUCAUUCUUACUCCUCUUCAAGCUAGUAAGUUUGCAUGUUGCUGAGUUUUAAGUGUCUUACUCACUACCAGUUGAGGUUUACUUUCAAAUAAAAAGCCACAAAACCAGGAAACUCAUCCAAUAGUAUUCCCUUCUGCCCGUUGUCAUUUACACUGUAGAUUUCAAGUGUUUUGUCACUCUCUAGUGCCUUCAUGUUUUUUGUUUUGCUUUUACAAUUGUUCAAGGUUCAUAGUGUUGAUGUAUAGGUAACGGGUACUGUUUUGUUAGAAUAAAUACCUCUUUUUUGGAAACAGAGCAAGUUUUGCUUGCCCUGGAUAUCCUAAACUAUUAGUUCAAUUGUUGAAUUUUAGGGUUUUUUUUUAUAUACAAACUGCCAGAUUUUGUUCAAAGUGGUUAUACCAUUUUGCAUUCCCACCUAUUUCAGAAAGGGAAUGAUGAUGGUAUGGAUAGGAUGGUUAAUGCAGACAUACUAAGAAUCGAUGUGUUUUUAGGUAUAUCUGGUUAAAACUGGAGGGGAUUGGAGAGCUCAGAGUCUGAGUGAUGGCUGCAGCAUAGUGGUAUUGAUUGCAGUGUUUAAAAGAAAUGAGCUUCUUUACCCAAAGACCUCUUCUCUAUCCAGUACUUCUUCCUUUGCCAAUCCUUCCACAGAUCCAAUAUCCAUUAUUUUACUCCUCUUCCUCUGAAUCUCUGAAAUGACACCAUAUCCAUGGUCAGUAUCUUAGGACUCUCUUAUGAAACCUAGGUUUGCAGCUGAGAGAAAUCGGUGGGGAAAUCAUGUCCUGUCAAGAUACCCAAAAACUUGGGCAAGCAGAACAUCUGAAUUUACUAUGCUUCUCUCACCAUACAUAUUUUCUCACCAGAGCAGAGUAUGUGGGUUUGUUCCACAUUCCAGUUUAUCAUCUUCUGAGUUACCAGGAAAAAGAAAUCUUUAUUAGGGCUCUGUAUUUCCCCUCCACUCAUUAUAUCUCCUGCUUGGAGAGGGAUGUAAUGAAGUAUCUCCCCCUUUGGCCCAUGGAUUUUUAAUACUUUCCUAUUUGAGAAAAUCUAAGGGUAAAUAAAGCAAGGGUUACAGUGGGUAAGUGGAUACAGAUAACACACCAAUCCAAGUAAACCGUAGGAAGAAAGCUGGAGGUAUGAAAAAUUAAGAAUUUAUCAGAUGUGGAAACAACCCCAGAGUCCAUCAACAGAUGAAUGGAUAAAGAA